ACGAGCUGGGCUUGAGAAGGAUCACUGGGCUUCAAUCCCGUUCACACCCAAUCUAAUUGCGGCCAAAAUAUUUGCCACGAUGAAGUCUGGGCUAUCACCAUCGACAUCACCCUUGCGAUUUCUUCGCAGCACCAAUUUCCUCGGUGCAAGCCAGGCGAGAUGGCUCCAUAAGACGAGACCAGCCUCGAAGAUCCCACAGCCGAGGCCGUUCGUCCCCGAUGUCCAGACCUUUCUUACACUCAUUGGCCGUGGCCUGAACAAGCACGCAUCCAAGUUCCCGUCGUGGGAGUCUCUCUUCUCUCUUACCUCCCCACAACUCAAAGAGCUUGGCAUUGAACCGCCUCGUAACCGCAAAUACCUGUUGCAAUGGAUGCAGAGAUAUCGAAAGGGAGCGCUGGGACCAGGCGGUGACUUCAAGUAUGUCAAGGAUGGUCAGGCCCUGCUGAAAGUCGCAACCCCGCCAGCGUCUGUCAUCAGCGAUGCAAAAUAUGUGGUCAACGUGCCCCAGAAUGAAGAGGCUGUUAUUGGAGACUCAGAAGUCCUGCCACGACCCAAUGGCUACACAGUCAGAGGACUCAAGUCAAUAGCAGGGCCAUACGCGAUACCGUUGCCGCAGCAGGCUGGCGCUAUUGUCAAGGCUACGGAGGGCAUGUGGGAACACCGCCAAGGUCGCAAGAUUGAUGGUGGUGAGAGAAGAAGGGCAGAGAUUCGAUUCAAGAGACGGUCGGUGGAGCGAAGGGCCGAGCGUGAGGCAGAAGCAUUGGCCGGCUUGUAAAAAGGAGGGUCUCGGGAAGGUCUUUGAUGGCUGGCGCAUUGUAUAUUAUGAAGAUUAUGUAACAAACUGUUCUUAUUCCAGUGCCGGUAAUCGAAGCGCCC